AUGUCUCCAGCAACUGUUAUCUGCAUUGGAAUGGCCGGCUCCGGCAAAACCACGUUCAUGCAACGCUUGAACUCGCACUUGCAUGCGAAGAAGGAGCCGCCGUAUGUGAUCAACUUGGAUCCCGCCGUGUUGAAGGUGCCCUAUGGCGCGAACAUCGACAUCCGCGACUCUAUCAAGUACAAGAAGGUGAUGGAGGAGUACAAUCUUGGGCCUAACGGGGCUAUCGUCACGUCCUUGAACCUCUUUGCGACCAAAAUCGACCAGGUGAUUCUGUUGGUGGAGAAGCGUUCUGAGAGCUUUCUGAACGUGAUCGUCGACACGCCCGGUCAGAUCGAGUGUUUCAUCUGGUCCGCAUCCGGUGCUAUCAUAACUGAAGCGUUUGCAUCCACGUUCCCGACCAUUAUCGCAUACAUUGUUGAUACGCCACGGUCUUCGUCGCCCACCACGUUUAUCUCCAACAUGUUGUACGCAUGCUCCAUUCUCUACAAGACCAAGUUGCCGAUGAUUAUCGUUUUCAACAAAACAGAUGUGCAGAGCGCGGACUUUGCGAAGGAAUGGAUGUCUGACUUUGAGGUUUUCCAGGAGGCUUUGAGACACGACGCAGAGGUCAACGAUGACGGGACAUCUUCUGGGUACAUGAAUUCGUUGGUCAACUCCAUGUCGUUGAUGUUGGAGGAGUUCUACUCGCAGCUUGAUGUGGUGGGCGUUUCCGCGUACACUGGCGACGGCUUUGACGAAUUUUUAGAUGCAGUCGACCACAAGGUGGACGAGUAUAAUGAGUUCUACAAAGCUGAGCGCGAAAGAAUCAUUAAGGACAAGGAAGAGGAGGAAAAGGCCCGCAAGGAGAAAUCGAUCCUGAAGUUGAUGAAGGACUUGGACAUCAAGGGAAAGCCUGUCCGGGACGAGGUGGAUGUCUUGUCCGACACUGAGAGUGUCGAGGCGGGUGAGAACGACGGCGAGGUUGCGCGUGACGAGGACGAAGGCCCGCUGAGAGUGUACACCUUCCCGGAAGACAGAGCCGGUGAGGUUACCGCUAAGACGGAUGCCGACUUGCAGGCCCGCUACCAACAGGCGUUCGAGUCGACCGCCAAGACCGCUUCUAGCCUGACAGCCGAGUCCAUCGCCCGGUACAUUAACCAAUAG